UUUGCCUCUCAUUCCCCAGAUAAGUUCAAUACGUAUGUGACCCUGAAAGUGCAAAAUGUGAAGAGCACAACGGUAGCUGUGCGAGGAGACCAGCCCUGCUGGGAACAGGACUUCAUGUUUGAGAUCAAUCGGCUGGACCUGGGCCUAAUUGUUGAAGUAUGGAACAAAGGACUGAUCUGGGACACCCUGGUUGGGACCGUGUGGAUUGCUCUGAAGGCCAUUCACCAAUCUGAUGAGGAAGGUCCUGGGGAGUGGUCUACACUGGAGGCAGAAGUUGUAAUGAAACAUGAUGAAAUCUGUGGAACCAAAAACCCAACUCCUCAUAAAAUUUUGCUGGACACAAGAUUCGAAUUACCUUUCGAUAUCCCUGAAGAAGAGGCCAGAUACUGGACCAGAAAAUUAGAACAAAUUAAUUCACUGGGAGAUGAUGAGUAUUCCUUUCAGGACGAAGUCCAGAAGAAACCAUUGCCCACUGCUGCCUCCCAGUGUUCCUUUGAAGAUGCUGACAGUGCUGUGGAUGAUCGAGACAGCGACUAUCGCAGUGAGACGAGUAACAGCAUUCCUCCUCCAUACCAUACAACUGCGCAGCCCAAUGCCUCUGUGCACCAGUUCACUGCACCUUCACGCCUGCAGCAGCAAGGGGUCUUGCGAGAAUCCUGUGCUGACUCCCUACAAAAUUAUGAUCUGGAUUAUCGGGAGCAUGCGACCAUCAGUCCUGCUGGCAGUAGUAGAUAUGGCUCCUCUUGUAAUGUCAGCCAGGGAAGCUCUCACCCAAGUGAGCUGGACCAUUCCCAUGAAAGUGCCCAUGGCUCUGAGCAAGAAGAUGAUCAGUCGAAUCAUUCCUGCCGCAGUUUGGGCAGCUACCAGGACAGUCAGGCAUGGCUCAGGGAGCAAGAGGAGCCUCGUGGCAAAGGAGAGGAGGAGAAGGUCGGGACAGAGGAGAAAUGUGCAGACCAUUCUGCAGCUACGUUACCUUCAGAACUUGAGAAGCUCAAGGAUGUUGAUGCAGCAGCCCAAGUGAGCUGCCAUGGUGACAGCGAGCCACCACCAUUUCCUCCAGCAAGAGCCCAUUGGAUUAGAGCCAUUAGCAAAGUUCGACUGCAGCUUCAAGAGGGUCAAGAUGAGGCUGAUCCAUCAAAACCACCAUGGCUCAAAGAAGGGCCUGCAGGUGGUCUCUAUGGCAUUGAUAGCAUGCCCGAUUUACGCAAAAAAAAGCCAAUUCCACUUGUCAGUGAUCUGGCCAUGUCACUGGUUCAGUCCCGGAAAGCCGGAAUUACCUCAGCAAUGGCCACUAGAACAUCUCUCAAAGAUGAAGAGCUGAAAUCUCAUGUCUAUAAGAAGACCUUGCAAGCCUUAAUUUACCCCAUCUCUUGUACAACCCCACACAACUUUGAAGUGUGGACAGCCACAACUCCUACCUACUGCUACGAAUGUGAGGGGCUGCUAUGGGGUAUUGCACGGCAGGGAAUGCGCUGCGCUGAAUGUGGAGUCAAGUGCCAUGAGAAGUGCCAAGACUUGCUCAACGCUGACUGCUUACAGAGAGCAGCAGAGAAGAGCUCGAAGCAUGGAGCUGAAGACCGAACACAGAAUUUCAUCAUGGCCAUGAAGGAUCGCAUGAAAAUCCGUGAGCGGAACAAGCCAGAGAUCUUUGACUUGAUCAGAGAUGUGUUCUGUGAGAGCAAAUUGACACAUGCUCAGCAGAUGAAGACAGUGAAGCAGAGUGUGCUUGAUGGCACCUCAAAAUGGUCAGCAAAGAUCACAAUCACAGUGCUCUGUGCUCAGGGUCUGCAGGCCAAAGACAAGACCGGGUCCAGCGAUCCGUAUGUAACUGUUCAAGUGGGUAAAACAAAGAAGAGGACAAAAACGAUUUUUGGGAAUCUGAACCCUGUUUGGGAAGAGAAGUUUUACUUUGAGUGCCAUAAUUCCUCUGAUCGGAUCAAGGUGCGAGUAUGGGAUGAAGAUGACGACAUUAAGUCUCGUGUCAAGCAGAGACUGAAACGCGAGUCAGAUGAUUUCCUGGGGCAGACAAUCAUUGAAGUCCGCACUCUGAGCGGAGAAAUGGAUGUGUGGUACAACCUUG